CAAGAGCUUCAUGGAUUUUAAAUGUGUACCAGGAUUUCUUCCUCCCUCAGAAUGAAAGUGUUUGUGCCUGCAACAAAUGUUUAAUGGAAUAUGACCCAUGGCUUAGUGAACUUAUGAAAGAAUCUCCUGAGCCCUUUCUAUCACCCACAAACAAUAUCUCAGAGGAUACAUUUAACUGGUGGAAGCGCAUACAGACAGACAGACGCAACUUCGCUUUCUACAAUAAAACAGUGGACAAGGUUUUUCAGAUCUUCCCAACCAAAGUCAAUUUCACAAGAUCCAGCCCUGACCUUUGUAGAACUUGUGCUGUGGUUGGGAAUUCUGGUAAUCUCAAUGGAUCGCAUUAUGGACCACUGAUAGACUUUCAUGAUAUUGUUAUAAGAAUAAACCGUGGGCCCACAAAAGGCUUUGAAAGAGAUGUUGGAAACAAAACAACAUACCAUGUGAUGUAUCCAAGGAGUUUCAAAAAUUUGGACAACACCACACAUCUUGUGUUUUUUCCAUUCAAAAUUUCCGAUCUACUGUGGCUUAUCCGGUCUUUUACUCAAAGUUCAGAGUACUCAGCCUUCUUGGAGUCCCUGGGUGGGGUACUGGAGGGUGCUCCCCCUGAGGACUCUGUUGUCCUACUGGGAGAUUUCAAUGCUCAUGUGGGCCAUGACAGCAAGACCCAGAGGGGCGUGAUUGGGUGGUGGAGAGGGAGGACAAUGGACAGACCUGGUGCACCUAAACGCACAGUGGGGGUGUGCUGGGAACGCCUAGCAGAGGUCUGUGAGAUCCUCAACAGCAUUGAGUCCAAAUGGACCAUGCGGCCACAGCUCAGUGCAGCGGCUUCUGCAAUGGAGAUGCUGAACAAGCAUGGGAGGUAUCCAUCCACUGGCUUUCUGGCUUUGGUUCUCAGCUUGUACUUGUGUGAUGAGGUUAGUGUGUUUGGAUUUGGAGCAGACAAGAAUGGAAACUGGAAUCAUUACUAUGAGCAAAUCAGAAACACACGUCUGAAAACUGGACAACAUGCUGGAAGGGUGGAAUAUCAAUAUAUCGAGAAACUUCAUAAGCAACGGAAAAUUCAUUUUUUCAGAGGAUGGUAAUCUGGCUUUUGGUGUCUCUCAGGGGCAUUAAGAUAAGCAGCCCCCAGAACUGUAGAAUUAAAAUACUUAAGAAUAGUAGAUCUAAAAAGAAAAAAAAAUGUGUAGUUUUGUUCAUUAGUUGUGUGUUGGUUAUCAGAGAUUACUUAUUUUUGGAAGUGUU